UCUGUCUGUCGUGCGUUUGUCCUGCGGAUCUAAUACAAGCAAUCAACGAGACGUUCUAGUCACUGGACACAAAUACGGGCAUACCCGGCAAUCACUCCGGCUCUAGGGGUGGUCAACACUCUAGAGUUUCUUUCUAUCUCCAUCGUCCUUGCAAGGAAACGAAAGAGCCCGUGCCAGCAACAUGUCGGGAGGAGUCUCGCAGGAGGAGCUCGCUGCUAAAGGGACAAUGCCAGAUGCCAUGGAGACGCUCGACGCCGUCUACAAGCCCGAAACGCAGGGAGAAGCACAACAGCUUUUUCACCGGUUUGAGCGGUACCAGGUCGACGUGAUGGUAGAUCCGAACGUGGCACUGCGUGAGUUGGAGAACAUCCGCGACAUGAUCCAGGAAUGCGGGGGCGCCGCCCUCGAUGACCGGUUCGUGUUCACACGCUUCGUGAAUGCCCUUCCCCAAGAGUACGAGGUCGCAAAAGAGAACCUCUCAUCCGCUGAGAAGCUGACGAGGGGGGACCUCAUGCGCGUGACGGGGACUCGCUACAACACGCUCUGCAGCCAGCGGGAGGCGGAGAAGAGCCACACGAGGGCAGCGGAACAGGCUUUCUUCACAGCCGACGGCGCCGGGAAGGACGAAAGUCGCAACCGCGCCCGCCGCAAGGGGAACAGCAACGGCAAAGGCAACGGCAACAAGAGCGGUGGGGGCGGGGCGGAGAAACGGGCAUGCGUCCGGUGCUUCCGAUGCGGAAAGAGAGGGCAUCGGAUCGCGGAAUGCCCAACAAAGGAAAGGGACAUUAUCCGUUGCGAGGUUUGCAAGGGAUUUGGCCACAAAAAGGACCGUUGCCCAGUGGAAGAAGAGAAAGCGGUAAUAGCGGUCGAAAUGUCGCAGGAUGAGCUAGACGUUGCGUGCGAAGCCGUGUGUGCUCUCCAGAUGUAGGGGAGGGUACCAACACGCACCCCCAGAUGUGGGGGGGGUAGCGCAUAUAUCUCACAGGUUUUCUCCCCAGAAAAAAGAGAGGAGGGCAUCAGUAUACGCCCUCCAGAUGAAGGGGAGGGACGUACAGCAGUGGUUACACAACAGCGCGCCUCCAGAUGUAGGGGGGGCAGCGCCAGCCGACGCACCCCAGACGUGGGGGGCAGUAGUUCCUUACCCGUGCACCUCCAUAUGUAGAGAGGGCAGCACGAGUCAACGCUCUCCAGAUGCAGGGGAGGGCAGCAGUUCUUCACCGGCGCGUCCCCAGAUGUAGGGGGGACGACGCGGGUCCACGCUCUCCAGAUGUAGGGGAGGGCAACUUUUCUUCGCCGGCGCGCCUCCAGAUGUAGGGGGGGCAACGCCGGUUAAUGCUCUCCAGAUGUAGGGGAGGGCGGCAUUUCUUCACCGUGCGCGCCUCCAGAUGUAGGGGGGGCAGCGUUGGGCUUUUCGGUUGGGCGGUUCUCCAGAUGAAGGGGGGAGCUGCACAGUCAUCACAGAUCUCCGCCAACGCGCUUCCAGAUGUAGGGGGGGCAGCGUGGGCAUUUGUCGUUGUAGUCGGCGCGCUUACCAGGGUGGCGAGCAGCAGCAGGGGUUGUUGCGGGUGGGUGGGAGGAGCCGGAGUCCACUUGGCAAUGAAGAGAAGACCCCCGCUGCGACCGACAAAUCCGGUUGGUACCUGUAGCAGAGAAUACUGGUAGCAAUUUGACUUUUCUUGUCGCUGUGUUUGGCCUUCGUUUGAACCAGGGAGGGUGUUCGUGUGUGUGCAUAUAUAGGAAGGAUCUGAGGAACGGUUCUGUGUUCCGUACAUGAAGGGACCCACUGUGGUACCUGUUGUAGUAGACUUGGAUGAGUCUGCGGUGCCCCCAUGCUGCGUCAGCCUGUGUGGGGCUCUCCCUUUCUCCUCUGUCUGUCGUGUGUUUGUCCUGCGGAUCUAAUACAAGCAAUCAACGAGACUUUCUAGUCACUGGACACAAAUACGGGCAUACCCGGCAAUCACUCCGGCUCUUGGAGUGGUCAACAGUUGACGGAUGACCCACACAUAGAGUUCGCUUGCAUGUCUGCUACCCAUAUUCAAAAGCCUGUUGCGCAACGUUAUUCAGGAGCGUGGACUGUGUGCGUGAUAAAGAAUUAGAAGCUGUGUACCUCGCUGUCAUCUACGGUACAGCAGUUAUACAGUGUGAUGGGUGCAUGUUACGUGGGACAGCAGCUGCUUGGGACACCAUCAUCAGUGCAUUGAUAUGCCUGGACUCUCUGCAUGUCGACGAGUGACCAUUACCUGUAGUGGCACACACAUAAAAGGUCGCAAUACCCGUCUGUUGCACAGCAGAGGGAAGAUAAGAGGUUGUGUGUAUCAUACGCAGUCUCGUGAAUCACGUAUCUUGUGUGCCUCGACGCUGUGUUGUUGUUGUGCAUGUCACACGCUACAUACAUGUAGCAUUAUGCCCCGUGACCUGCAAUGACACACCGGCAGAAGGGCACAUGUUCGGUGUGCAGCAGUGGGUAGCUGUGCGGAUCGCGCCGUUUUUACGUCAACAGACCUCGGGUUUCGUACUAUAAAUAUUACGUAUGACGUCUUAAAAAAAUUCUAAGAAACACUGAAAAAUUGUCGAGAAAAAAUCUUUCUAGUAUUUUUUUUUUUUUUUCUUAAUAUGACACAACGAGUCCAUCUCUAUCAUAGAAAAGAGUCAGAGACAGAUUAACAAUGGAAUCAUAGCGUCAGAGAAAACUACCUGUGUGUCUACGAAUUCCCAGACAGCAUUAGGGACAUCUCCCCUGUGGGUAACAGGCUCAACAAAUCAGUUUGGUAGCUGUCUUGUGUGUCUCAUAUAUGUUAUGUUGGGAAGGUGCAGACGAAAGGUGUUGGGUACUGUUGGGUAGUCGGGCGUUUUGUGUGUCGCACCCUAUUAGUUCUAACACAUGCAAUCUCCAUCAGUUUACAAACAUAUUCUCAGUUUGGUAUGCAUAUGUGCGGAGUAUGUGCGGCUGAUGUGCCAUCUCUAUCAUAGAAAAGAGUCAGAGACAGAUUAACAAUGGAAUCAUAGGGUCAGAGAAAACUACCUGUAUGUCUACGAUUUCCUAGACAGCAUAUAGGGACAACUCUCGGGUGACAGGCUCAAAAGAUCAGUUUGGUAGCUGUCUUGUGUGUCUCAUAUAUGUUAUGUUGUGGAAUUUCAUGUCGUUAAAUGUGAGAAGGGCACGGAAGAACAUUUCUCAUCAUUGCCUCCUGAUGAUGUGGUCGCCGAUAGACGCGUGUGGUUGAUGAGGUUUCAUAACCGACAUGUGGGUGUGUGUUAAAUGCAGUGGGUGUGUUCACCUCUCUCGUCCGUGUGUAGGUAGGAGGUAUGGCUACCUCUCCCAUUUGUAGGCAGCGUGGACCAUACUUGUAAAUAUAGUCUAGACAGAGUUCAUCAUUUCAUGCAUGUUACAUCAUUUGUGUUUGACAAGGGAGGAAUGAGAGGUUGUGCGUAUGGGUACGGGGGUACUCCCUGUGUCCGUGUUGUUCCCAGAUGUUGCCGCAUCAAGUGGCAGCAUGUGUCAUGGACAGGUAGACGUGGAAGGACGGCGACAGGUGACGGCAGCAGUAGUAUGUUGUGCAUGGCGGCAUGUUGGGCUUGUGCAGAGGUGCAGUCCAUCUUCGACCACACACAAAAAAGUUUGCUCGUACCUGUGGGGAUUUUUUUCUUUCUAGUAUUGUAUUCUAGACUAGUCCGUUCGACGAUGACAUUCCUACGAACUGUAUUACUUGACUGUAGACAGGAACUAGGUUGGUAUUGCUUGGGUGCUACGUUGGUGUUGACGUGGGUAGGUGCAAGGUUGUGUAGGCAUAGGUCCCUCUUAGGUGGUUGCGUCGAAAAAGAAAGGUGUGGGUGCACGGCUCAUGUGCGUUCCCAGGGUACAUCGAAUAUCUUCGACAGAAACAUGUUUCAUGGUACAGCAUGCGCCUGGCGCCUAACUCGUAUAUCGCUGCAAUGAGCGCCUCUGGUGAUGCCUUGUGCAUGCCGGAUGCCUAAGCACGCUGUACGAGUGAGCCGUGUCCUUUUUUUAGGAGUCGGCAAUUGCGAUGUUGCAGAGGUGCCGUCAGGCCACCACGAGAGCACGUUGGGAAUGCCACGAAAAAUGACAGCUUGCUGCUUUUUCCCGGGCCGACGACUAUUCCAAAGCAAAUAACCAACCUCGCAAGAUAUUGAUUUGGAGAGGGCAUCAAGAGAACACCGGCCACCUGACCUGCUGUACGUAUGUGUGUUGCCUGAAGUUCAGCAGCAGAAGAGGCGCCAGGCAGGCAUCGCUGAUCGCUGACUCGCUCGCCACUUUUCUUUGCACCGUCGUCUGUGUCACCCAGAUGAUUCACCAGCCGGCAGGCACUGGCUUCGUUACUGUCGUGGUGUGGCUGCAGCCGUAUGGCCCUUCGGUCGACAAUUUUGCACCACCCUCUCGCACAUCUCUCGCGCGUGGCGGCUUCACAUGGCGGAGGCGGCGCAGGCGACAAACGUAUCAAAAGAGAGCGUGGCCUGCACUGAUCUACAACUCCCUGGCAUGGUGCUCCUCUGGCAUUCCGCGUGGAAGCGGUGCACCCCGGCGAAGCUCAAGGGUGUUUUUUCGGGGUCAAAUGGUGCACCGUGCAGAGGAGCGACACUUGGUCGGGGUCUUUACAUGUGCUCUACUGGUCACGCCUGGUAAAGUGAUCACCACAAGGUGUUUUCACCAGAUGCAUUUAUGCCUCCUGUAGCCGAUGGGUAAAGAGUAUUCUGCGUUGAAGAGUGUUUUGCGUGAAACGGCCAGUCCUAGUUGCGCUCGCACACGAUUUGGUCGCUAUUCGUGUGGAUACUAAGCGUGUACGCAUGUACACCCGUCUUUCGCCAGGAACGACUUCGUUUUGCUACACGGUACAUUUUUGAGUUAUCUCAGCGAUAUUGUAGCGCUCGGUGCCUGCAUCGGCACAGCGGGGUGGUGUUGCCUUCGAAAGCAGUUGUUUAAAAGGUUCGGGGUCUCGCGACGGAUUCGUAAGGGGGAACGUUCCGGCGAUGAGGCUCAAGCCAAAUGACGAACGAAACAAAGCAGAGCCUCAACAGAACCACCCAGCAAAGAAUACAUCCUAUUCGGUCAUCACAUUCUCAACUCCCUUCAAGCAAAUACUGAGCAAUUGCCAAAACGCAAUAUCCCAUUUAGGUGUCCUAGCGAUUGGGUGACGCACCGUGAGCCUGGCACAGUCCGCGGUUCCAGAAAUCGUUCCGGGAAUCGGGUCGCUAGUCUCCAUCAUUCACUUUUUCUAUUGCCGAUCGUAUUCAGGGAAGGUGUAGCUAGCAAGUAGCAUGCUUCCCCGUUGCCCUCUUGUCGAUUCUGACAUAGGUGUCGUUUGCGCCUUGCAGUAGCCCACGGCGUAUCCUGUCCGAACGAGGACCAUUCCGACGUCGAAAACAGUACCGAGGAGGGGGUCACACGCAAGGGAAACAACCCCCUGAUGAGCAACAAUAAUCCGUCGUCCGAUCGAAACCCUGGCAGUUUGAAUGCAAGCGGCGAGGUCAAGCCGGCCACUAGGAUUGCGAAAGCUCGCAUCGGCUCCGAGGGGCAAGGAGUUUGCUUGCGCGACUGAACAAGGCUCCAGGAAGGCUGAGACCGGUCCUCGCAGUCGUGCCAAGCACGAGAUGAGCGACAAAGCGCCCAGGGCAAACUCAUCCCUUUCAACACCACAGCCGAGGCAAUACUACUGCUGGCGCGUCGAUCAUCACGUGCUGCCUGCAACUGAAGACCCGAACGUGCGCUGUUCGCGAACUUUACAGAACCGAAAGCUGUUGAUGCAAAGGCGAGAGUUUGACGCUAUUUCAACACGCUUGCUAUAUUGCUGGCACCGAGUCGACAAGGUGGAGAGUGAAUGGCACAUGUGAAGGAAAUUCGUUUACUGAUAUGCAUAGGUAGGUGCUCUGCCGACAUGGCGGAUGUCAAGAAAGAGGACUGAGCGUCACCGGUACUACUAUCAUAAUGGAUAGCAGAGCAUUGACACAGUAUCACCCUGUGGGGAGGAGGGUAGAUAAUUGCUUGUGUGGGCCUGGCGGAUGCGUUGUUCCGGGGAAUAAUUCGAGUAGGGAUCGUCUUCAGGUAGGUGUGAUAGUUGAUAGAGGCACAGGGAGGCAAACAGUGAACAACGCGGUUGGAGAGGCAGUAGGUUAUUGCCGACAUGAGCAUGAACAGUGUCGGCUGGCGUCCCGGCAUUCCCUUUGGUGGAGAGGCGAGGUGGUGGGGUCUUGUUAGCCAAGGUUGUUGGGGCAGAGGGACGUUUAUAUUACGGUCCAUGAGCAACUCCACGGCAGGAAGGCCACUGUUCUUGUCGUACGCAAUGCCAUGAAUGUCCCAAGUACCAUUCCUUGUAUCUGUGAACGUGCCAAUGGAGUUUCCGGAUGGUCCCACGCGGUCAUAAGUGAAUGCUCGUG